CGGGCUCGCUACGAUGGGGAGCGGUAAGGCUUCGCUGCCGGCGCUGCCGACGGGGCAGCAGCAGUACAUGGUGGUUGGUCGUUUCGUUCCCAACGCCAAGUACGGCGAGGCUGCGCCCAUGUGCAAGGUGUACCGCAUGAAGCUGUUUGCGAAGAACCUCGUCUGCGCGCGCUCUCGGUUUUGGUACUUCAUGGGGCGGUUGUGCCGCGUGAAGAAGGCCAACGGUCAGAUCAUCUCGGUGAACCAGAUUCACGAGAAGAAGCCGCUGCGAGUGAAGAACUUCGGGUUCUGGUUCCGCUACGAGUCGCGCACCGGCACGCACAACGCGUACAAGGAGUUCCGCGCCCUCAAGCUGACAGACGCCGUCAACCAGCUCUACCAGGACAUGGCGGGCCGCUCGCGCGCCAAGUCGUCGGCGAUCCAGAUCUUGAAGACGGCCGAGCUCAAGCCGUCCGAGUGCAAGCGGCCGGUCAUCAAGCAGAUGCACUCUAAGACGCUCAAGUUCCCGCUGCCGCACCGCGUUCCGACCACGGCCAAGGCGUACAAGACCACCUUCAAGGCUGCGCGCCCCAACACCUACUACUAGAGACGCCGCUCGCGGGCGGGCGCGCGGAGACCACCUCUCCGCAGCGCUGUCUCUUUCCUUCGCGCAUGCCUUGUGUCGGCGGCGGCGGGGUGUGGUAUCGUUAUACUUGUGAGUCGUCGCUGUCGAGAGCUUACCGAAAAAUCA